UAAACCAUUUACCUACCGAGUUUCUCACACAAGAGGCGUUUUAUCAAAGCCUUCCCGCUAAUUAAGCAUUCAGCAGUCGAUCGUCCGCGCUCAUCUAGACAUGUAUGGAUAAUUGUGUAUUAAAUUAUGUGAAUGCUAUAUUCUAUUUGGAUUUCCUAUUAUCCCAUAAUCCUGUGACGACAGCGAAAUGAAUCGGAAUAACAGAAAAUAGCGGGGCUCUUUUUUUUCUCCCCAAAAGCAACGAGACAAUAAAUUUAGCUUAAUUGAAGUGGACUGUGUAAAAAGACUUUGUUCAUUGGUUUAAAAUUGGAAUUUUAAAUUUUUUAAAUCAUCGUUAAAAUCUUGGGAUGAGAGACCACGGACUUAUCUAAGCGUGGCGAUCAGUGCGGAUUGUGGAAUUGUCCCCUAAUUCCCACUUUCUAUUCUAAUCUGACCAUACCCCCAAGAACAAUUGAACUGAUCAGCAAUUUAAAAAAUCAAAUCAUCGGUCUUUUCUAAGUGACGGAGUUUGUUUUAUUUGAAAGUUACGAAACACAGCGGAAUAUUUAAAUUUCACAUGGAGUGACGAUGUGUAUAUGUUGUAAAAUGUAUACUUUGUGUAUCUGAAGAUUUUUUGGGAAAGGAUAAGGAUUUCUCCGGAUAUUCACAAUGGUUCCCCGUGUUAGUGAUCUGAUUGUCGUAUUUAUGAUAUUUGCGGGUAUAUUACCAUCUGAUGGAACAUACAAUCUCCGAAAGGGCAUGCCAAAUGUCUGCCCAUUCCAAGACGUGGAGACAAGGCGUGUACAGGUGCCCUGCGUGCAGGCCUUCACGAGGCUGGUGAAGGUGUGGAAACCAAACUGUGGUCAGUCAGGAUACUGGUGCAUCGGCCAUGAAAGAAGAACCAAGUAUUAUACCACAUACAAGCAAAGGUACAGAAGGGUUUACGUCACUAAAUAUCAGUGUUGUCAUGGAUGGCAACAAUUACACUCCCAGGCAGGCUGCAUGUACAGGAAGUGUAGCCAGACAGUGUGUUUAAAUGGGGGUCGUUGUACAGAUGGGAAUACCCAGAAAUGUGUCUGCCCUGCCGGGUUCCAAGGGUCAAGGUGCCAGUAUGAUGUGGAUGAGUGUGCUCUUGGAACCAGUGGCUGUGAUCAUGACUGUAUGAACAUAGUAGGAUCUUACAGAUGUAAAUGCAGGCAGGGCUUUACACUGGGGAAGGAUGGAAGGAGCUGUGAAGACGUUAAUGAAUGUGACAAUAGAAAAGGGGGCUGUCAGUACGACUGUCGCAACACUCAGGGAGGAUAUCAGUGUUUGUGUCCAGCGGGCUACCGGCUCCGAGCAGAUGGGAGAAGCUGUGAGGCUGCUGGGAACUUGCGUAAGGAGGAAAAUAAAAUAGAAACAAAUAAUGAUCUAGUCGGACAAAAUGAUAAAAAUGGUGAAAUCGGUAGAAAAUUAGAAAAAGGAGUGGAAAAUCGAAACCAGAGAAAGGAGCAAUCUGACGAGCUUCUUAACAAAAACUUGGCACCAAAUGCCAGGAAGACAGAUGAGUUUAAGAACUUGGCUUCAGUAUUCAAGAAUAGGCGACUACUGAAUUUUCAUGUGGAGUCUGCCUGCAGUGUAAACAAUGGGGACUGUGACCACAUCUGCAAGGAGGGCUCUAGUACUGGGCACUAUCGAUGUAUGUGUAGAGAAGGCUACAGACUCGGACAGGAUGGAAGGACCUGUGAAUUGGCAGACCCAUGCAGAAACAGAAAUGGAGAUUGUGAACAGAAGUGUACCAACAAAAAUGGAAACAGGGUGUGUGAAUGUUACACAGGGUACCGACUGUCCGGUGAUCAGAGAAGCUGUGAAGACAUCAAUGAAUGCCUGAACAACAAUGGAGGUUGCAGUCAGGAGUGCAUCAACACGAUGGGAUCCUACACGUGCCGAUGUCACCCAGGAUUUCAGCUCGGCGUCAACAGGAAGUCCUGCUACACCUCUUGUGUAUAUGAGGUCAGGAAAACUCUGUCAGGGAUGGCUCCUGUUCAAGGAGUUGAAUUGGAGCCGGUAGACAGCUGUGCCAUUAAUAAUGGAGGAUGUGCUCACAGUUGUCGUCAUGGAGACGGGGGACCAGUCUGUUCCUGCAGGAAGGGCUACAUCUUGCAGAUUGACAAGAAGUCCUGUCUGGAUGCUGAUGAGUGCGAGUCAGAACAGGCCUGUUGUGCUCACCAGUGUUCUAAUAACCCAGGAGGGUACACCUGCAGCUGCAGAAAGGGAUUCCUGCUCAACCAAAAUGAUGGCUGCUCUUGUGAUGACGUGGAUGAGUGUUUGUCUGACAAUGGCGGUUGUGAGCACGAGUGUGUGAACUCGGAGGGUUCCUACAGCUGUGUUUGUAAGCCUGGAUACAGACUGGCCCCGAACAACAGGGGCUGUAUCUUGAUAGACCUUGGUCCUCAGCGAGGGGACAUCCCAUUGUCCCCUCAGUAUAAAGCUUCACUACGGCCCCUCCCUUUGGUAGAAAACCGAAAACUACAAGAUGAAUUGAUAGAUGCUGAUGUCAAAUAUGAGUGUGUGCCUGGCAAUUUCGGACCAGACUGUGAGUGGACAUGUGACAGUUGUCAGAAUGGAGCCACCUGUAGCAGAGAAAAUCCUGGCUGUGUAUGUGGUCCUGGCUGGCAGGGAUUUCUCUGUAAUCAGACUUGUCCAUCGGGAUUUUAUGGCAGCGGUUGUAACGAGGCUUGUGUCUGUCAGAACGGGGGGACAUGUGAUCAUGUGACGGGAGGAUGCACUUGUCCACCGGGGGUCAAAGGUGAAUUCUGUGAGGAUGGUUGUCCUGCAGGGUUCUUUGGUAAAAACUGUGACAAAAUCUGUUCCAAGCCUUGCUAUAGUGGUCACUGUAACAGAGAGUUUGGAUACUGCCAGUGUCCCCCCGGUUUUGUGGGUCCCUACUGUAAUGCCAAAUGUCCCUCCUUUAAUUGGGGAUCAAACUGUGUCAACACUUGUCACUGCAACAGGACCACUACAGAGCGCUGUGAACCACUGAGUGGACAGUGUUCGUGUAAGAGAGGUUUUUAUGGUGAGCAAUGUGAAUUUCGAUGUUCAGCCGGUCGUUACGGGAAGAACUGUAAACAUGUGUGUAACUGUAACAACAACCAGUCAUGUCAUCCUGAGACGGGGCAGUGCUAUCUCAGGUGUCCCCAGGGAAGAAUGGGGGACAGCUGCAAUCAAGCUUGUCCCAAUGGAACAUUUGGUUUUAACUGUGAACAGACAUGUAAUUGUCACGGUAGUAUUUGUCAUCCUGAGACAGGAAAGUGCAUUUGUAGAGCUGGCUUCCGAGGAAGACAUUGCAAUAAAUCGUGUCGUAACGGAACCUGGGGAGUUAACUGUAUGUACGAGUGUACUUGUAAGAGAGGAGAAUGUGACAAGGUGACAGGAGAGUGCAUCUGUCCCGACGGCUGGUAUGGACAGGAAUGUCAAGAUGCCUGUCCUCCUGGUCGUUACGGAUUUCAGUGUCUUCUACAGUGUAAGUGUGAGAACAAUGCUAAGUGUAACCCAGCAGACGGCUCCUGUAAGUGCAGAGAAGGAUUCAGAGGAACCAUCUGUGACCAAGUUUGUCCUCCUGGUACCUAUGGACCAAACUGCAUAUACCGGUGUGCGUGUAGGAAUGGUGCUGAAUGUGACCACAUCACAGGAGAGUGUAUCUGUGGACCAGGCUGGAAAGGAAGGGGCUGUGACGAGCUAUGUGAGAAGGACACCUUUGGAGCAGGCUGUAAAGAGAAGUGCCGCUGUACCAAUGGAGCAUCAUGUGACCACAUUGGAGGGGGGUGCACCUGCACUGCAGGCUGGCAGGGGAAACACUGUGACAAGCCCUGCCCUCAGGGAUUCUAUGGACUGGACUGUCAGGGGGUCUGCAACUGUGGAAACAACGGGGCAGAGUGUAACCAUGUGACAGGGGAGUGUAAAUGUUCUGCGGGGUGGACCGGGGAGGACUGCUCCAAGGCCUGUCCCAUGGGAAUGUACGGGGAGGAGUGCAAGUACCAGUGUCACUGUGGAAACGGGGGCACCUGUGAUCCGGUGUCUGGGGCCUGUGUGUGCGCUGCUGGCUGGAGAGGAAAGCACUGUGAGGAAGAAUGCCCAAAUGGAUUUUAUGGAAUUAAUUGUUUGUACCACUGCUUUUGUCGAAAUGGAGCACCGUGUGACAGCAUCACAGGACAGUGUAACUGUACCAGUGGCUUCACAGGAACGGCAUGUGAAAAAUCCUGUUACGAGGGAUUCUAUGGUCCAAACUGUGUACACCAGUGUGAUUGUGUGCAUGCAGAAUCAUGUGACAAAGAAUCGGGGCGAUGUAAAUGUCUACCUGGAUACAGAGGAGAAUUAUGUGAUAAAGAGUGUUCUGGUGGGUUGUUUGGGGAGAACUGUGACAAAGAAUGUAGCUGUAAGAAUGGGGCAUCUUGUCACCAUAUAACAGGGGCUUGCACGUGUGGCCCCGGAUGGAGGGGAAGAAACUGCUACAGAGCUUGUAUGCGGGGAUUCUAUGGACUGGAUUGCAUGGAGGUUUGUUUAUGUGGUGAUGGUCAGCCCUGCAAUCAUGUGACUGGAGAGUGCUUCUGUCCACCAGGUUUCACAGGAGAUAAUUGUCAGAACAAGUGCCCUAGGGAUCGUUAUGGAGAGGGUUGUAACCAGACAUGCAACUGUAGCAAGAACUCGGUGUGUGACCCAAGCACCGGAAUAUGCAGCUGUAAACCGGGAUACUAUGGCAAAAACUGCACCAGGGGUAAAAGGAGAAGGAAAAAUAGAAAAGCUCAAGGACGGCGUCAUAAUGAGCGUAUUAUUGCUGUUUCUUUUGAAAACAAACCCAAAGUUAGACCAGAAGCAGAGUCCUGGAGAAUUGGUUGUGAAGAAGGAAAAUUUGGCACAAACUGCGAGAACAAAUGUAAUUGUGAGAAUGGAGCCACAUGUGACUCCAGAACGGGGACAUGUUUGUGUCCGUUGGGGUACAUAGGUCCUACUUGUACCCAGCCCUGCCCGCGGGGAUACACUGGACAGAACUGUGAACAUGUCUGCAAGUGUCGAAAUGAGGCGACUUGUGACCCCAAGAACGGCAAGUGUAUAUGUCCACCUGGUUACCAUGGAGACAGAUGCCAGUUCAAAUGUGAGGAGGACAGAUUUGGCAGGGAAUGCACUGGAGUGUGUAACUGUUCUGAUAAUGGGCGCUGUGAUCCUGUGACUGGUCAGUGUCAUUGUGACCUUGGUUGGAUGGGGGAAACUUGUGACCAGCUAUGUCCUCUGGGAAGGUUUGGUCCAGCCUGUGUCCACUCUUGUGUAUGUCAGAAUAAUGGAUCUUGUGACCCAGUCAGUGGGUGCUGCAGCUGUUUGCCAGGAUUCUAUGGACAAAGCUGUGAAUUCAGUUGUCCUGAAGGAACCUUUGGUCUGUACUGUAGAGAAACAUGCAGCUGUAAGAAUGAUGCUAAAUGUGACCCAGUUAGUGGACAAUGUAAAUGUAGACCAGGCUACAAGGGAGACAACUGUCAGCACAUGUGUUCAAGAGGGUACUAUGGAAUUCAUUGUAAGGAGGAGUGUCAGUGUGGCCCCUCCCACUGUGACCAUGUGACAGGGGAGUGCUUCUGUCCAGCCGGGUUAAAAGGACUCAACUGUACAAAUACAUGUAAACAAGGGCAAUAUGGUCCUAACUGUGAGUUUUUCUGUGACUGUGAUAACCAAGGUUUCUGUGAGGCUGUGUCGGGUGCCUGCGUUUGUCGAGACGGAUUUACUGGGUCAAGGUGUCAAUACAUCACAGUUUCUCACAUAUCCGACCUUGAACUUGAUGACGAGUAGAGAAGAGAUGGCUUUCCCUUCCUCUAGGAGGGGAGACAUUCCCUGGAAUGUUCAUUACUACAGUAAAAGGUGAUGUGAACUCAAAAACAGAAAAUGUCACACAGGUGCUCUAUAAAUAAAACACUCUCCUGACCAGGACUGUAGAGGAGAUUACCCAGAAUUCCAUAGCAUCAAAAUACACACCCAGUGCUUCAUCCACCUAUGAUAGACCUGCUUUCAUUGGAUGUAAAAACCUGUGCCAAUAGAUUUCUAUUUUAUGACAUUAUUUAGUUUGCUUGAGUUGGGUAUAUGCAGUGUGAUUGAGAUAUUUUAAAAUGGCGUAGUUGUGAAGUAAGAGCGCUAGUUUUAGAUUUUAUAGCAGUAUAAUGUGUUGCUCUAAUGUUGGUUUACCAUUCCACUUAGUGUGAUUUCUUUUGCCAUGCAUAAUUAGUUAGCAUCACUUAAGACAUAUGCAAAAUUUAGUUACAAUGAUCUCUUUUUAAAGCAGGUUUUUUAAUACAUAAUUUGUGAAUGGUUUUCUUGUGUGAAAAUAAGCUACCAUAUAGAGUACCAUAGAUAUGCAAAUAUCCGAGUCUGUCUUAUCCAUUGUGUAGUUGAUAUAGGUUACAAAAUUACCAAUAUCUCGGUACAGACUUUAUUUUAUUUCACUGAUAGCCAAAGAACAAAUCAUGUUGUGCUGUAACAUUUUAUGUAUUAUAUAUUGGUGCAAUAUUUCCAGUAAUAUGAUUUUUAUUUCAGAUUUUAUGAAUAUAUUGAGCAUUUUGUAGAGUAUGGAUGUUUGAUAUAGUUGUCACGUCAGAGGAAGAUGUAGAGUGAAUUUGUAUAAUAUAUGUGAUGUAGGUUCUGUUAGGAUGAAUAUACAUGUACUAUAUAAACUGAUGUUACAACGAUAAUUUUUACCUUUUUGAAAAAAGUUAUUAUUUGAUGAUAUAUAUACCAGGCACCUAGAUGAAUAUAGUAUAAGACUUAGUAUUGAUAUUUUUAAUGUAACCAUUACCACAUCACAGUAUCCUUCUUGGAUCAUGGGGGUUGGGGGUUGUUACAUGUAUCAGCUUCUGACCUGAGGUAUCAUGAACCUGGCCCUGGUUAUUUGAAGUCAAGGUCAUUGAUGGGAAAAGACUGGUAUACAUACAGGUGUAUCUUUAGACCUAAUCCAGUAUUAGUAUACCUGUACUCUGUUUUACAUUAGUCGGGCAUGAUUGAGACUUGGCAGUAGUGCCCACCUUUGAGAGGAGGAAUGGUAUUUUUUACUGAAUAAUAUGAAGACUUCUGAUUUCGGUCUGUUAUAGCAGUGUUUGAAUUAAAUAAAUAAAAAUAACACUAUAUAAAUCCAAUUCACAGAAAACCUGGAUCAUCAUUAGAAGUGCAUUUGAUUGUAAAUGUUUGAGUGUAUUUGAAAGAAGGGUGAGAUUCCAACAGAUUUUUUCCUCUGACAAUUGAAUGUGUGGUGUCUGGAAAUGGAGUAAAAGUGUUUUGAUUAUAAAUUUUCUCAUUUCCACCAUAUUUUUUCCAAUAUUAUAUUCUUCUAAAAUACUCAUUGAAUGUUUGUACAUGUACCAUGAUUUGCUUGCUUGACACUAUGUUUAUAUACAUUUCUCAAGAGACCAAUGAAUGUACUGCUAAUUUUAUGCACAUGUACAGUCAUUAAUAUUGAAAAUCCAAACUUCUGAUGGGAUUUUUUUAUCACAAGAUACUGCAUGAAGCUUCUGAUUGGAUGUUUUAUCAUGAAAAAAUGAUACUGAAGCUUCUGAUUGGAUGUUUUAUCAUGAAAAAAUGAUACUGAAGCUUCUGAUUGGAUGUUUUAUUAUGGAACAGUACAUGAUACUUUAAAAGUUUCUAUUGGAUGAUUUAUGGAAUAAUUAUACUCAUUCAUAAAUAGUCUUUUUGACCACAACACUCAAUGGUUAGGUUUGAACCACCAACAUCAAUUUGAAUAGCUAAUUAAUCUACAUUAUUUUUUCCUUUUUUUUUUUUUUGAAAAGUGAAUUGAUUAAGGUUUUCUUGGACUAUUUUAUCCAUGUAAGCUGUAUUUACAUAAAAAGCAAGAAUAUUGUUAAGCAAUAUUGGCUGCUAAAUGGUUAGCAAUAUUUAUAUAGCCUGUUUUACAUAGAAAGCAAUAUGAUGGUUAUAGGCAAUGAAUGGGCUUUCUAACAAGGGAUGUCAAAAUGGUUGGUGUGAUUAUUUGAUGGCUUUAUUUGAAAUUUAAACCCAAGUAAUAUUGCUACAUCAUUUUUUUUUAUUUUUGUAACCGUAGAGUGUGUUACAUGUAAUUCAUUAAGUUAAAGAAAGAAAAACAUGUUUGAAAUUGAGUGCUUCUGUUUUAAGAAUUAGCAUGUUUGAAGAUCUCGUAUAAGUAUAUAAGAACAGACUCUUGCAGUAUAUAUUAUUUAUCACCUUUUUCCCAUCUAGAUCAUGGUUUACAAAUUUCCAAACAGUAGAUUUUAAAGAUUUGUUUGUAAUAUCUUAUCUGAGAAUAUUUCAUUCGACAUAAAUGUCUGAAAGUAUUGACUUGUGUAUUAUCAUACAAUGAUAAACUCAAAAGUUCCUCAAUGUAUCUAUGUUAAAUGUAAAUUUAUAGAAUAGCCCUAGGAUGUUUAUUUGAAUGCCAAUAACAUUAGAUAUUCGUUUACAUACCUUAACGUUCCUGUCUUAUCCCAAAUUUACUCUGUAAUUAAGUCUUAAAUUAUGAUGUUAAUGUACAAGUUACGUACAGCUUGUUUACAGAAUUUCAUAUUCUGUAAUAGUUUGUGGUAUAAAUGAUAAUUAUCUUGUAACUAUGAAAUGUAUCGAGUUUAAGGCUUCAUGUAUCACAGUUUAAUCAAAGUUACUGUAAGUAUGACAUAUGUACAUCAUUUUCUCGUACAUUUCAAAUUUCAUUUUGUGAUACUGUGUUAUAUUUCUGUUUUAUUUACCAGUAUUAUGUUAAUAUGCAUAAUGGAAAUAAAUAUCUUAAAUUAAAAUUUUAUCUUUUAA